AUGUCUGCAAAACAAGAUGAAAACGGUCUAAACAGCAUUGACAACAAGUCAAGAUUAGCUGGUAAAGAAAAUGUUAGUGGGAAUAUAUCAACUCCUAACAUCGACGUUCCCGAUGGAGGAUACGGGUGGUUUGUCCUUCUGGCUUUUGUUCUAUAUAAUUUCUGUACUUGGGGGGCAAAUUCUGGUUAUGCUAUAUAUCUGGCAUAUUACCUAGAGAACAAUACUUUUGCUGGUGGAGGUAAAUUAGAUUAUGCAACUAUCGGUGGGCUGGCAUUUAGUUGUGGGCUUUUGUUCGCACCCAUUAUAACGUGGCUUUACCACAUUUUUUCCGUCCAAUUCAUCAUAGGCUUGGGAAUUUUGUUUCAAGGUACAGCUCUUCUGCUAGCAGCUUUUUCCACAAAUCUUUGGGAGCUCUAUCUCACACAAGGUGUCUUGAUUUCAUUUGGUUUAGCAUCUAUCUUAAUACCUAGUAUCACACUCAUCCCCUUGUGGUUCAGAAAAAAAAGAUCAUUGGCCUCUGGGAUAGGAACUGCAGGAAGUGGGUUUGGAGGUAUCGUCUUUAACUUGGGGAUGCAAAGUAUUUUAGAAACGAGAGGCGUUAAAUGGGCACUUAUUGCUCAAUGCAUUAUAUGUACAAUGCUUAGUACUAUUGCGCUUAUUUUGACUAGAACCAGAUCUCAAGGAAUAAGUCAGCAUAAAAAGCACAAGUUCGAAUUACUAGAUUGGAAAAUUCUCUCAAACUUUGGAGUGUGGCUGCUUUUCGGAUUUGUGUCGUUUGCAAUGUUAGGAUACGUUGUCCUUUUGUAUUCCCUAUCUGAUUUUACCAUUAGUUUAGGCUAUAGCAGCAAACAAGGCUCAUACGUAUCAUGUAUGGUAAGCGUUGGUUCUUUGAUAGGAAGACCAAUUGCGGGCCAUGUUGCAGAUAAAUAUGGUCCAUUGACGAUUGGUAUAAUAUUGCACCUUGCCAUGGCUAUUCUUUGUUGGGCUAUGUGGAUACCAUGUAACAAUUUAGCUACUGCAAUAGUUUUUGGAUUAUUGGCUGGUUCUAUUAUGGGAACAAUUUGGCCAACAAUUGCUUCUAUUGUCGCACGCAUCGUUGGCCUCGAAAAACUUGCUGUUACAUUUAGUGCAACAUGGAUUUUUAUUGCGGUCUUUGCCUUGGUCGCUCCAAUAAUUGGUCUUAAGCUCCGUGUAACCAAUACAAAUGGAAAUGAUUAUUAUCGAACCGCAAUUUUCGUGGGCUUUGCAUAUCUCGGUGCAAGUUUAUGCCAAUGGCUUUUGAGAGGAUUUUUAAUUGCUCGAGAUGAGAUUGCUGUGCGCGAGGGUUAUUCGGCUGAUCAAAAUGAAUUGCAUUUAAGUGUUAAAUCUUCACAUUUAAGCAAAUGUCUUUUUCGUUAUAGGCAAUUACCUAGGACUGUUUAG